AUGUCACCGUUCCAUUUGUUUCGCGUCACCGGCCGCUUUCAUUCUGGAGCUAAAUUGAGUCGGCUUCUCUUUCAGCCGGCCGACUUGCGGUGGAUCUGUUUCGCGCGGGCGCCGACCACGCCUACUGGCCUGAGACGUCGGACGGCCAAGCCAGCGCUUCCGUCGCAGGCUUUCCAUCACGCCGGCCGGCCGCGACCGGCCGCCUGCCACGAGGAGGACUGGGACGACUCGCCCAACCCGUGCGCGCCGGUACGGCCAAAGGAGUCAAGCGGCGCGCACGCCGCGGCGGAGACCCCGUUCUCGGCUCAGACCAAAGUAGCAGAGUUCCUUGUUCCGGGGAAGCGCAAAUGCUCAGAGUUACUGUUCCUGCUGACCACAGUGGACGGCAGCCGAGAGGACGACAUCGACGUCGGGAGAAGCGGCGUCCGGCCGCAGAAGCGACAGCGGCACGGGUGUUUUCGAAGCCUGUUUGAAGCGGAGAGUUGCCCCGCGCCUUUCGUGUACGGCUCUCGCUUUUACUGCUUCCGUUCGCCAGGAACGGAAGCCAUGGCCCGAGGCGGGCUGAACUCCAGGCGGGAGGUCGGAGCGCAGAGAAACAAGGCGGAGGAGGCCUUGGCCUCGCCGCGCGCCGCCUCUCUGUGUAGCCGGCGUGCAGGAACCGAGGCGUCGCACCGUGAAGGAGACGGCGAAGGAGAGCAAAAGCUGGCCGUGGCAUACGAAAGACUCCGGCAUGAGCUUCCGAAUUUCUUCCGUAAGAAUCACGACUACACCAUGUACUCCAGCGAUAUCGAGUUCAUCAACGGACUUCUCAACACCAAGACCAGAGGACGUGCGGCGUACCAGCUCACCCUCUCGCUGUGGCGCCUGGUGUGUCUCGUUUAUUUCGCUGACGCCCAGCUGGAGGUGCUCAAAUUGACCAAGCACGUGGAAGACGGGAGCAUUAAGGCUCGUUGGAGGCUGAGGGGCCUUCCCUUCCUUACGCUGAUGCUACGCUUCUACCGCAAAGACAAGUCGCCCCUGUACAGGUGCUACGAUGCUUUCUCUACGUUCUACGUCGGACACGACGGACUCAUCCACUGUCAUAAAGUUGAAAAGGUGAUGCCGGCUCAGCCGCCAGCCCUUCCCGGGGUCACGUCCCUCCUGGCCGGCGCUUUAGUGGCUUUGGGGGUGCAGGAGAACCGACCGGCUCUCAAUCUGCUGCCCCUGCUCUUAUCCUCGCCGCGGCAGGGGCGAGAAUGACCUAACGGCCAAAUCUGGGCUGCGCUAAUGGCAAAGGAGCGCCCGCUGGGAUCAAGCGGUAACAAUGGCGGCACCCCAAGUUUUAGGUCAACUCGGCGCUUACUCCAAACCGAGCGUUGUCGCCGUCUUUGUUGAAAGACAACAUGGCCUCGCCAAGGGCAAGGAACGCUUACGAUUACCCUCCCAAGAUCAUGAUCUGAAUCUGAGCGAUGUUGGUCGUCAUCAUCAGCGCAAAUAUUGUCAUGGCUAAAAUGCUCCAUCGAGUUCCGUCUUUUCAUUAUCCGCUCGGAUGUGCAAAAGCUGUUCAUGUGCAAUACGACAGCAAUGACUGAAAAUCAAGAAAUAAAUAACUCGCUCGCCGUAAGUCGGGUGAAACGUUCAUCUGGACUUAGCUAUACUACGAAAUCUUUGUGCACUCCAAGGUGUUGUCGGGUCAGCCUGGAUUUAUUUAAUGCGCAAAAUCUUUAAACUGUCCACCAAUGCAGGGCGUAAUCUGUUCUAGUUUGGUUUGCAUGAUUUUUCCCAGGACAGAAAUAGAGUCACGGCAGACUUUGAUCCGGCCACAGUGUUUGUCGUCGCUAUUCAAUCAGUUUGCCAAGAAUGCCAACCGGACGAACGGUGGCAAAGUCGUUUCUAUUUUGUAUGUACGUAUGACGUACGUACGUUGGCUGACGUGCGUAAUGAAGAGAUUCAAGCAGCAUCAGCGCCCAGGUACAAACGUAUAGAAAUUUCUUCCCAUCAUAAUUGUUCACGUGGGUUUAUUAUUAUUAAUAUUAUUGUUUGAGCAGCAUGGUUCUCGUUCUGCUUCCAUAUGUAAACAUCCUUCUUCAAUUGAAGUGACUGGACUUAACCUCAUGUGACAAAUAAAGAACUGUUGAAAGAA